AUGAGCGCAACCACAACAGUAGUCGCCACAACCGGUGCGAUAGCAUCCUCAACACAGACAUGCACCAACCCUAAGCCAGGCAAAAACGGCUACUUGCCACCAGAAGCAUGCGACGCGAUAUUACUCUACGUGCCCUCACUAGCAGCCGCUGUCCUCUUCUGCAUUCUAUACGGCCUGACCCUCAUCUGCCACGGCGUCCAAGCAUUCCUCUACAAAAAGAGAUACGCCUGGGUAAUCAUAAUGGGGGCCACAUGGGAACUAAUCGCCUUCAUCUUCCGAGCCCUCCUCACCCAAAACCAAAACAACUCCAACUACGACACCAUCUACACCAUCAUGUUCCUCCUCGCACCUCUCUGGAUAAACGCCUUCCUCUACAUGACCCUCGGUCGCCUAAUCCACUUCUUCCUCCCCACUCAAACCCUCGCAGGAAUAACCUCCCAAAAAUACGGCCGCAUAUUCGUCUGGCUCGACAUCUUCGCCUUCAUCGUCCAACUCGCCGGCGCAGCCAUCACCACUCCCACCGACAUUCCCACCCGCACGAUCAUGAUCGGCGUGCACAUUUACAUGGGCGGAAUCGGACUCCAAGAAUUCUUCAUCCUCAUAUUCACAUGUCUUACAAUCCACUUGCAUCGAAGUGUCCUCCACCUCGAGAAAACAGGCACAUUACCUGGAGAGAAAACCUCCGGGGCAAAUAUCCCCUGGAGAUGGAUGUUUUAUGCUUUGUAUACGGCUUUGGGACUUAUUACUGUACGAAUCAUCUUCCGUCUCGCGCAAUACGCCCAGGGCACUUCGCCCACAAACCCGGUGCUUACGCAUGAAAGCUACGAGUAUAUCUUUGAUGCUGUGCCGAUGUUUCUUGCUUUGGGGUUAUUGAAUGUUAUUCAUCCCGGACGGGUGUUGCAGGGCCCGGACUCUGAGUUUCCGAGGUUGAGUCGGAGGGAGAAGAAGAUGGUGAAGGAGGAGAAGAAGAGGGUUAAGAGGGAGGAGAGGGAGGCAAAGAAGACGAGGAAGGGUGGAAGUGGGGGAUGGUGGGGGAGGAAGGACAGGACGCAGAGAGGGAGUGAUAUGUUUGAGAUUCUUCCGAUGGAGGAAGAGGGGGUUGUUGGGAGAUAG